GACUUUUAAAUAAGCUGUCUUCUCCACAUGUACAGUCAUGAAGGUGGUGCAGGGUUAAGUGCUAUUCACAACUUUCUGUUUUGUAAAAGAUUAAUCACAUGAAUCAUAAAACUCUAUGAAUAAAUUAUAUAUUCUUGAAUCUUUCUAAAUUACUGUACUAAUUACUGUAUUAUGCAGUAUUCAAUACUGUACCAAUAACUUCAAAAUGCUGCCUUCAUUUUCUUCUGAUAAUUUUUCUGUUAGUAGCCUAUGCAAAACCCUAAUGAUUUUAGCAUUGCUUCUUUAUUUGAUCUUCAAUUCCAUUUCCAAUCAAUACCCCAACUGUCCAUCUGCUGAUUUCUUUCCUCUCCUCAAGAAAAGGGCAAUUCCCGCAAAAGAAUAUUCAGAAGCAAAUUCUAUUGACUCUCCAACUAAUAUUAGCCACCUUGUUUUUGGAAUUCUUGGUUCAGAACGAGCAUGGCAUCACAGAAAGGCAUACAUCGAAUCAUGGUGGCGACCAAACGUGACGCGGGGCUAUGUAUAUUUAGAUAACGCACCAACGGGAGACCUCGUUCCUUGGUCGAAAAAUUCUCCACCUUAUAAGGUCUCUGAGGACCUUACAAAGUUCCUUCGAGAAACUAGGACUCGUGCUCCAGUCAUGAUUCGAAUGGUGCAUGGAAUAAUGGAGGUGUUUAGACAGGAACAUGGAAACCUCAGAUGGUUAGUAAUGGGAGACGAUGAUUCCAUAUUUUUUGUCGAUAAUAUUGUUGGUGUUCUUGCAAAGUAUGAUCAUACAAAGUAUUACUACUUUGGUGGCCAGUCAGAGUUUGUAAUGUCCAAUUUUUGGUACUCAUUUCACCAAGGUUUUGGGGGUGCUGGAUUUAUGUUGAGUUGCCCUUUAGCAAAAGCCCUUGCAAUAGACAUGGAAAAUUGUCUAAGGAGAUAUGCACAUUUGAAAUCUGCUGAUCAGAUCGCAAUGGCCUGCAUUGCUGAUAUUGGGGUCAACUUGUCACCCCAUAAAGGACUACACCAGAUUGAUUUGCGGGGUGAUAUAUCUGGUUUCUUGUCGUCUCACCCAAAAUCCCCUAUACUGUCACUUCACCAUUUUGACAUGGUUGAACCAAUAUUUCCCUCCAAGGAUCGUUUUGAAUCCACGCGCCACCUCUUGAGGGCGGCGAACGUCGACCAAUCACGAAUGAUGCAGCAAACCAUAUGCUAUCACAGGGAAAGAAACUGGACCUUUUCAAUUUCUUGGGGCUAUUCUGUACAUAUAUACCAGAGAAUUAUGCCUCGGAGUUAUAUACAGAACCCUAUAGAAACAUUUAAAGCAUGGAUAGAGAAACAACGUCCUCCAUAUUAUAUGUUCAAUACAAGGUUGCCCUCCAAUGAUCCAUGUGAAGCUCCUCGUGUUUUCUUCUUCGAAUCGAUAGAAAAAACACCACGGAAUGAGAUAUUUACAAGUUAUUCUCGUGCAUCACGACGAGGUCUUCCUGCUUGUUCAUCGAAUGGAAACCAUACUGCAGAUUUUAUCUCAAAAAUCGGAGUCAUUUCUCCAGCUUCAAAGCGCAAAGAGAUGGAUAGAUGUGAAUGUUGUGACAUUGUCAACUUGGAUGGAACGAAGGUAAAUGUCAAAUUUAGAGAGUGUAUGAUGGACGAGAUUAUAGCCUAAAUAAAUAGCAACAUUACUUUUGCUUGACAAAACCUUUAAAAUGUUUAAAGAUGUAUAAUUGAGGAAGAAAAAUAGGUGACAAUUUAUCAAUUAUUCAAUCUUUGUCUCGUCUCCAAUGUACAAAACAUAGUGACCGUAGUCGAGAAAUACAAAUGGAUUUCAACCUUUGGUACCCGCCUUUUGGGACCCAUAAUUUUCAAACAUUAAAUAAAUAUCGGAAACCACCGAUCACAAGAAAAUAAACAUGGCCUAAAGUUUACCAUAAUCGUGCUUUAUAGCACGUUCUCUUGGAGGAAAUCCCAUAAUGUUUUUUUCACGAGGAAUAUCACUGUAAUGGCCCGAAAUCACAUGAAAGGGACCUUACAUAAAGCUCAGACAGUAUGGGAGAGGUAGUCUACGUGGAAUAAUAUACUAGAAAAUCUUAAGAAUUACGCACAACAUCUUCAAUAUCUCCUUUAAUUCGUCCAUCCUUGACGAGAAUAGUUCAUUUUAGUCAAUAUGAAAGCAUUUCUAACGA